AUGCCGCGUCGGUCUACCAGGCUCUCGCUGACCGACGAGACAGCUGCUGAGUCCGACGCAAAGAGGAAGCGACUUUCUACAGGAUCUACGGUGAAGAGCACUGCAAAGAAGAGCAAGUAUUUUGAAGGCUCUAGUUCAGACGAUCCAGAAGACUCGGAUGACUCAGGCUCGGCCUAUGAAGGGGUGGAAGUAAGCGCCGGUGGCAGCGAUAAUAGUAACUCGGAGCCGGAUGCCACUGAAUCGGAGGAAGAGGAAAAACCAAAGCAAAAGAGGCGCGGUCAUCCAGCAAGCAAGAAGACCCAAAAUCAUGGAUCAGACAGUGAAAAUGAGGAAGCAGUACCCAAGCCUGGCAAAGGCCAAGAGCUAUGGAGGGAAGGGGUGAAAACCGGACUGGGCCCUGGGAAAGAGGUUUUUAUCAAGAAACCAAAAGCGAGAGAUCCAGGUGGCAUAGACUAUGUGGAUGACACUAUCCAUCCCAACACUAUGCUUUUUCUUGCAGACUUGAAGGAAAACAACGAGCGGCAAUGGCUCAAAGCUCAUGAUGCCGAUUACCGAAUCUCUAAAAACGACUGGGAUACUUUUGUCGAUUCCAUGACAGAAAAGAUUGUGGAGAAGGACGAAACGAUUCCAGAGUUACCGGCUAAGGAUCUGGUGUUCCGAAUAUAUAGGGACGUUAGAUUCAGCAAUGACCCUACUCCUUACAAGCCACAUUUUUCUGCCGCAUGGAGCCGUACAGGGCGUAAAGGACCAUAUGCAGCCUACUACUUGCACCUGCAGCCGGGCCAUUGCUUUAUAGGCUCGGGGUUAUGGAUGCCGGAAGCAAGCAAUCUCGCCCUUCUUCGGGAAACCAUCGACCAAAAUUCUGCGCGUCUAAAAUCCGUUCUGAGGGGCGAAGGUUUGCGACGGGAGUUCUUCAAAGGUAUACCCGAUGAUGAACGCAAAGCUGUCAAGGCGUUUGUCAGCCAGAACCAGGAGAGUGCUCUCAAGACGAAGCCAAAGGGCUACAACCAGGACAAUCCCAAUAUCGAGCUGCUCAGGCUCCGGAGUUUUACAGUCGGCAAGGCGCUUCCAGACGAUGUUUUCCUUGGCCCCAACGCACAAGAACGGAUUGGUAAUUUGAUUGAAGUCUUGGUACCCUUUGUGAGUGACUGA